ACAGACGGCCUCUGCCCUCAGAAGUUCUGACUCAGACUCACCCUCACUCCAGCGGCGCCGGCGACAUUCAUUCGCAGCACAGGCAGCACCGGCCACUGGCGUCCCUAGCUCUCUCUCCCUCACGUCUCGAACGCACCGGAAUCAGAUAUCAUCCCUUCCUCUCUCAUAGCUCUCUCUCUCUCUCGUAGCUCAGCCCAGAGCAAAGAGAGCACCGGCGGCGACGACUCGGCUCUCUCCCUCCCACCGGUUUCCCUGGCUCUCUCUCCCUCACAGCUGCGAAGGCGCUCUCUCUCUCUCUCUCUCUCUCUCUCUCUCAGCUCUGCGGCGGACGGCGGUGACGUGGUCUUGUUCUCCGCCGGCGACGUCCUCUUCGUUCUUUAUUUAGCUUUUAGUUAUCCUCAGACUUAGAUUGGGUUCGUGCACACACAAACCCUUAGCAGCUCAAACCCGCGGGUUCGGGAACUGCGAUUUACUCCCUCCGGCCACCGACGUUCACAGGUUUGUCCUGCAGCCCUGGGUUUCAUAACGUGGCACUGGCAUUUCCAUUGGGAAUGAUGAAUAAUCCAAUAUUUAGGCCUUUGAUACCAUUAUGUCACACUACUUGUUCCUUGACCCCAGCUUAUCGUCUCUUUUCGCAAUACAAUUACUUUUUUUCUCAACCUACCUUUCUAUCCAAUGCGCUGCAGAAUUAUAUCAAUUCUGAUAACCCUUACCAUGGCCAAAAGAUCCAUUCCCAGAUUCUGAAAUCUGGCUUUGUUCCAAACACUAACAUCUCCAUAAAGUUACUGAUAUUGUAUCUUAAAUGCAAUUGUUUAAGUUUCAAAUUUGUCACGAUGAAAUUAAAAAGCAAAACUGAAAAGUGCGCCAUGGAAAAGAAGAGGAAAAGGAAGCUGGAAAAAAUUGUUGACGUUGAGACAGAUAGUACAUUGAAUGCUGAAGUGGAUAAUGGAAUGCAAGUUGGAAAGGAGAAAAAGGAGAAAUCUUCUAUCAAUAGAAAGAGGAAGAAUAAAGAUAAAAACCGUCGCAAGGGUGAAGUUGAUUUAGAGGAGAAUAGUGAUGGGAUUGUUCAUGACCAUCCUUCUGAAGCUCAAGAAAUCAAAGAUACUGAGGAGCAUGGAGAUGCUGAUACUGGAGCAGCCAUCAAAUCCCGUAAAAAGAAAUCUAAAAAGAAGAGGAAAAAGGAAGCUAGUUUUGUAAAUGAGGUGGAAAAUUCUCCAAAAAAAGGAGGGGACCCUGAUCAGGAUCAAAUUUAUGUUAUUUCUUCCGGGGAUGAGGACUUCUCAAAAGGAAUGAGAAAGUGGAUCACGGAAUACCAUCAAAGUAGACCAGGGCUGAAUAUAUUGCAGGAGCAAAUUGACGAAUUCAUAACUGCUCAUGAGGAAAAACUGGAGCAGGAAAGGAUAGAGAGAGAAGAACGUGCAGCAGAAGGGGGUUGGACUGUUGUUGUACAUCAUAAGGGUAGGAAGAAAACUACCGACGCCGAAAGCGGGGUAGCUGUGGGAUCUGUUGCACAAGCUGCAGUGGAGAACAAAAUGGCAAAAAAGAAGAAUAAAGAAGUGAAGGGAGAUUUCUACCGGUUUCAAAAGAAAGAAGCCCAGAGGAAUGAGAUCAUGAUGCUGCAGAGCAAAUUUGAAGACGACAAAAAGAGACUGCAGCAAUUAAGAGCUGCCAGAAAAUUUAGACCUUAUUAACAGUUUUCUAGAGCACAGGGAUCCAAUUUUUUUUUCUUUCACCCUUUGGGAUCAUGGGAAAAUACCCUAGGGUUGGAAUUGAUUAUAGAGAUGGAAAAUCUUAAAUAUAGAACGGUUUAAAAGUCCCAAUUUUGUAGCUGCUGUCAAUUUAUUUAUUAUUACUAUAGCUGAAUUCUUAAUGUAAUUUUGAGUAGUUGUUUUACAGCGUUGGCGAAACUUCUUGGGCCCUAUUUCCCUUGA